UACAAAGUUAUUCCAGCCCUGGCAUUCCCCAGCACUAAGAGUAAACAAGCUUGUUUAAAUUAAGUGAGCCGCUGUAAUUUUAAUGAUUUUCGCCGGCAUAUAUGCUAAAGGACGAAUAGAAAAUGUCGGACAUAGACGGCAUUUAUUCGGUGCGGUUGGUGAUUGCCGAUUUUUAUAUGGAAAAGCCGGUGUUUGGUCUCGAUCCGUGUUACUCGGAGCUGCGCGGCAAGGAAAUUAAACGCGUGCCCAUUGUGCGCAUAUUUGGCGCAAAUGCCAAUGGCCAGAAAUGCUGCAUGCAUGUGCAUGGUGUCUUUCCCUACUUUUACAUACCCUACGAUAAGCGGGACUUUGAAACUGUGGAACGGGGCAUAUUGCAAAUAGCGAUGCAUUUAGACAAGGCCAUCAAUAUAUCGCUGGGACAGGGCAGCUCCAAUGCGCAGCAUGUUUUUAAAAUACAAUUGGUUAAGGGAAUUCCCUUCUAUGGCUAUCAUCGCACAGAGCAUCAGUUUUUCAAGAUUUUCAUGUUCAAUCCUCGUUUUGUAAGGCGCGCAGCUAAUUUAUUGCAAAGCGGCGCAAUAUUGAACCGAAAUUUCAAUCCACACGAAUCGCAUGUACCCUACAUUCUACAAUUCAUGAUCGAUUAUAAUUUGUAUGGCAUGAGCUACUUGCAUGUGCCGCUUGAGGUUGUCAAAUUUCGUCGGCAAACAGAGGAAGAUGUUGUGGCCUAUGCGAAUGUGAAACCCCAGCAGCUCUUGGAUCCCAGUUCUGUUAAGAAAGUCGCCUGCAGUGCUUUAGAAGUAGACAUCAGCUCAAACUUUAUACUGAAUCGUUUUCAGUUGGUUACCAAAACGAAUUCAACGCACACAAAUCCCGGUAUUGAGGCCAUCUGGCACGAUGAGCACGUGCGCAGACAAAAGCUGGCUGAGAGCUAUGGUGGAGAUAGCCAGAAACUAAAUGCGCUGCCUGUGCUGCAAGUGCCGCCCACGCAGGAGCGUCCGAACGUGGAAAUUGCAGAGAGCCAUCAUUUCUAUCGUGCUGCUCUAGAGAGCAAACUGUUGUCCUUGGACCAAACAGUCAGCGGCGAGCAAACUCUGGCUGAUCAAACACAGAUCAGCAAUAUAAAUAUCACGUUACAGACCAGCGCCAAGGAGCAGCGUCGUCAAUUUAAUUUGCAGAAGCUUUUGGUCAAUGCGGUUUAUCCUGAGGAAUGCAGCCAGUAUGCCCAGGAGCAGUUGAUCAAUGCUUCAACUAUACAAAAUCAUCUAUCGGGCAGCGGAAGUGUGCACAGUCCAGUCCAGGACGCUCAGAAUGAAGAUGAUGCUGCCUUUCUGGAUGAUACGUUAGUGGAUGAGGAACUGCAGCAACAAGCCAAUGGUCCAGUGCCACACGAUGCUACACUGCGCGAAGAGGAUUUGGAGCUGUUAGAAGUGCUGCAGCAGCUGGAGGAGGAGAAUGCAAAUGAAUCGCACAUCGACUUGGACAGCUCACUAGCGCAGCUCUCGCAGCAGCAUAAGAAGUUCGAGCUAACGCCUGAGCUGCUGGACAAACAAACAGCUGCAGCAGCCACACAGCAGCCAUUGUCCGAAGACGAGAGCGACAACUCGGAUGAUGACAACGCAGCUGGCAAUGCGCAUGACUUUUCCGUCGCUUUGGAUGACAUCGAUGAGCUGCUGCUUAAGCUCAGCCAGAGUCAGAGUGUGCCUGGCCCAGCGACCAGUCAGGAGCGUGAAAUGCCGCAAAUCGAUGGGGCCGACGAUCAGCUGCAGCGCACGCCCACUAAGGUCAAGAGAGGCACACAACAACGGACUCCACCACGCACACCUACCACACCCAAAGGUCGCAUAAGCAGGCAGCAGCCACGCACGCCCAAGUCUAGUGCGGCCAAGAAAUAUGCACCGUUACCUUUGACUAUAACGAGCAGAUCUGCACAGAAACAGGAGCAGGAGGCAGCAGCUGUUAUGCCAGUGCCAGCGAGCAAUGCCAUCAAGAAGCGUCUGAGCCAGCAGCUUGAGACGAACGUCCAGAGUCCAGCUGUAUCGCUGCGCAAGAAGGUGGCCAUGUCCGAGCUACGCCGUAAGACCAUUUCCACAGACUCUUUCGCAGAACUGGAAGCUCUACGGGAUGAUUCCACUCCUCCACGUCGCAGCACGCGCCGCAGCACGCGUAAUAUGGACAAAACGCACGUUGCUUGCUAUUUGACGCCGCGCCAGAAGAAUACACCCAUUUCUGAAGUCUUUGCAACAGAGGAGUCACUAAUGGAGCAGAAGCAGCCACGUCGCAGUAAACGCAAGCAAGCUAAACAAGCUGAAGAAGAUCACCCGGCUCCUAAGGCAAACAUCAAUUUGGGAAAGAUUAGCCCGGUUGCAGACUCUCCUGCUGCAACUAGCGAUGAUGAGGCAAUUGUAUCUGAUACAGAGAGCGACAGAUCUGUGGCCAGACCCAAUCUAAGACGAUUACGAAGGAGUUUUCGGGAAUCAUUGCUGGCCAAACGGGCGACACCGCUGAGUAAAAUAAAACAAUGUCAGUCAUCAGACACACCAGAGAGUGGAAGGAGUAAAAGUCCAGAAAGUCCAAUGGCUCAAAAUGUAGCCAGUCCAGUUGCAGAGACUCCACUGUGUCGAACUGCAACAAGUGCAAUGCCAGCGAAUGCAAAGAGUCAAGCUAUAGCAAGUCCAACGCCAGAGAUAUCUAGGCGUCGAGCUGCAUCGAGUUCCAUGCCAGAGAAUCAAAAGGCAUCAAGUCAGAUCUUGUCAAGUCCAAUGCCACAUAGCUCUAGGAGUCUAACUACAGCAAGUCUAGAGCGAGAGAGCUCUAGGAGUCGAACUGCAUCCAGUUCAAGUCGAGUUCGAGAGACUCCACUGGGUCGAACUGUAGCAAGUCCAGUGCCAGAGGUUGCCAGAAGUGAAGCUACUGCAAGCCCCAUGUCAGGGAGCUCUAGGAGUCGAGCUGCAUCAAGCUCUAUGCGACAGAAUUUAAGGAGUCAAACUACAACUAGUCCAGUUCGAGAGACUCCACUGGGUCGAACUGUGCCAAGAAGUCAAACUGCGGAAACUCCAAUGCCAGAGAAUCCAAGCAGUCAAGCUAUAGCAACUCCAAUGCCAGAGAGCUCUAACAGUCGACCUUCCAGCACAAGCGUUAAAAGUCAAAUCUUGGCAAGUCCAAUGCCAGUGAGAUCUGUGAAUCCAUUAAGUCAAUUGUCAACACCUGUGACUCCUGAUCAAUCUUUAAAAGUUGGCGCAACAGAUGAAACUGCAAACGAAGAUGUUGACACGCCCCAGUGUAGUCCACGAAGUCUAGAUAACAAUACGCCAGAGCUGAUGAAAAGUUUCUAUGAGCACUCGUUGAUCAUAAACAGCCCAUCCGUAUUCAGCGACGACAUAGACAGUCCCCAGUCGUCGGCACAAAUUAAGCUGGAGGCCAAUGCUAAUCCAACUUCAACAACAGCAGAUCCCAACGCACUUGUGAUAGCUCCCUUGGAGCUGCCGCCCAGCUAUGAGGAGGUGUUGCACAGCUGCCGCAAAUUGGAUAUACCCGAGUAUGUGUUCCAGCAACCCUUCUAUAGCAAUCCUGCGGAUGUCAGCAAAAUGACCGAGGUGGGCUUUUUGGUGUUGCGCAUACCGGGCAACAAGCUCAAUGAUCUGGAGCCCUUUGAAAGCAGCGUUCUGCAUAGCAAUCAAGGUCUGGCUGCCUGGCGACGGAAGCAGUUGGUGUCGAUUGGUGGACCGGCUAUAUUGCAGCGCUAUCGCAAUGAGCAGCAGGUGCGGGAGUACUUUAGCAGCGAACAGCGGCUGGUCAUGGAGCCCGCAAUGAGUCCGCCCAGCAGGCAGGAUGCCAAGCUGUGGCUGAAGGCAAGGGAGCUGCACAAGCAGCGCCAAGGCGAGAAGGAGGAGCUGCGGCCUGCGGGCAAUGAUGUGGACAGCCCCAUCAAAAUCAAGCGUCAGAAAAUAACCAUGAUGCUUAAUGAAGUUGAUGCUGAGGGUGGAGCCAGUGGCGAUGAGGAUGGCGACCUAAAUUGUAGUGGGCUAACGCUGACGCCCAUGUCACAGACGCCACAGCACAGUGGCGCAGCAAAGUCCCAAGCCAGGGGCACGCCACUCAGCAGCAAGAUGCGCUCCAAGCGUGCCACAAAACUCCAGUUUGAAGCCGCACAGGAGGAGCAGCCGAGCAGCAGUCAGUCGAGCGAGAAAAGCGUGAGCAGCAAUGCUGCCCUGGAGGCACUGGAACGCAGCUCCUUCGUCAGAAGCAUCAGCAGCGGACGCAAUAGCCAUGAGCUGAGCUUCGGACUCACCAAUGCCACGCUGGACAAUACCUUUGGCUUCAAGGUGAAUCUGGAGAACCUGCAACAAGCCAAAGCGGACAUCGAGUGCAACUAUUUGACCACCAUGACACUGGAGCUGUUUGUGCCGACGCGUGGCGAGCUGCUGCCGGAUCCGUUGCACGAUGAGAUACGCUGCCUCUUCUACGCCAUCGAGCACAGUUUGCCGGAGCAGUCACAGUCGCUGCCGAGCAAAGCGUGCGGCUAUAUUAUUGUCAGCGAUAGUCAGGACAUCUUAAGUGAGGGACGUCAUCAUGGCCUGGAUGCGGACAUUGAACUGCAGGUGGUGCAGAGCGAGGCACAGGCAUUUGAAGCGCUGCUGGCGCUCUGCACACGCUGGGAUGCGGACAUCUAUGCCGGCUACGAGAUCGAAAUGAGCUCCUGGGGCUAUGUGAUUGAGCGUGCCAAGCAUUUGUGCUUCAAUAUAGCGCCACUGCUGUCGCGUGUGCCCACGCAGAAGGUGCGAGACUUUGUGGACGAAGAGCGUGAAUCGUUUACAGAUCUCGAUGUGGAGAUGAAGCUCUGUGGUCGAAUUCUCUUAGAUGUCUGGCGUCUAAUGCGCUCCGAGAUUGCGCUCACCUCGUACAGCUUUGAGAACGUGAUGUAUCACAUCCUGCACAAGCGUUGUCCCUGGCACAGUCCGCGUGCCCUGAGCGAUUGGUAUGCCUCGCCCUGCACCCGCUGGAUUGUGCUGGAGUACUAUUUGGAGCGGGUGAGGGGCACCUUGGCGCUGCUCGACCAGCUGGAUCUGCUGGGCCGCACGAGUGAGAUGGCUAAAUUGAUUGGCAUACAGUUCUACGAGGUGCUCUCCCGUGGUUCGCAGUUUCGGGUGGAGAGCAUGAUGUUGCGAAUUGCCAAGCCAAAGAAUUUGGUGCCGCUUUCGCCCAGUGUGCAGCAGCGCGCCCACAUGCGUGCCCCCGAGUAUUUGGCACUCAUCAUGGAGCCGGAGUCUCGGUUCUAUGCUGAUCCGCUCAUCGUGCUGGACUUUCAGAGUCUGUAUCCAAGUAUGAUUAUCGCCUACAACUAUUGCUUCUCGACGUGCCUGGGCCGUGUGGAGCAUCUGGGCAGCAACACCCCGUUCGAAUUUGGUGCCUCGAUGUUGCGUGUCUCACGGCAGUUGCUGCAGCAGCUACUGGAACGGGAUCUGGUAACCAUUUCGCCAUGUGGCGUGGUCUUCGUUAAGCGGGAGGUACGCGAGGGCAUCUUGCCGCGCAUGCUGAGCGAGAUUCUGGAUACGCGUCUCAUGGUGAAGCAAUCGAUGAAGCUGCAUCGCGACAGCUCCGCAUUGCAGCGUGUGCUGCACUCCCGGCAGUUGGGCCUGAAGCUGAUGGCAAAUGUUACCUAUGGCUAUACGGCGGCCAAUUUCAGUGGACGCAUGCCCGCCGUCGAGGUGGGCGAUUCGGUAGUGUCCAAGGGCCGAGAGACCCUGGAGCGUGCCAUCAAAUUGGUGGAGACGAACGAGAAGUGGAACGUGCGUGUUGUCUAUGGCGAUACGGAUUCCAUGUUCGUGCUCGUGCCCGGACGCAAUCGCGCUGAGGCCUUUCGCAUAGGCGAGGAAAUCGCAGAGGCAGUAACGCAAAUAAAUCCCCACCCAGUUAAGCUGAAGCUGGAGAAGGUCUAUCAGCCGUGCAUGCUGCAGACUAAGAAGCGCUAUGUGGGCUACAUGUAUGAGACGCCCGAGCAAGAGCAGCCCGUCUACGAGGCGAAAGGCAUUGAAACGGUGCGGCGAGACGGUUGUCCAGCUGUGGCCAAAAUGCUGGAGAAGGUGCUGCGGCUGCUCUUCGAAACGGCGGACGUGAGUCAAAUCAAACAGUACGUGUGCCGGCAAUUCACCAAGCUGCUCUCGGGUCGUGCCAAUCUGCAGGAUUUGAUCUUUGCCAAGGAGUUUCGGGGUCUGAAUGGCUAUAAGCCCACAGCCUGUGUGCCGGCACUGGAGCUGACGCGCAAAUGGAUGCUAAAGGAUCCCCGACGCGUGCCACGUCGUGGUGAGCGUGUGCCCUUCUGCAUCAUAAAUGGUCCGCCAGGUGUGCAGCUCAUACGGCUGGUGCGUCAUCCACACGAGAUACUGGCCAAUGAGGGCUACAAAAUCAAUGCGAUUUACUAUAUAACCAAGGCCAUCAUACCUCCACUGAAUCGUUGCCUGCUGCUCAUAGGAGCCGAUGUGAAUGAUUGGUUCAGCAACUUGCCACGCAAACUGCUGAUGACGCCCGCCCAGUCGACGGCAGGUGAGCUGUUGAAUCGCGGCAAUGCCAAGUCUACCAUAUCCCAAUAUUUCUCAACGACCAACUGCAUCAUUGAGUGUGGCCGCCAGACCAAAGCGGGCAUCUGUGCGGAGUGUGCGCGCAUGCCAACCAAGUGCGUUGUCACACUCCAGGCGAAGCUGGCGCAGCUGGACCGUGGCUACAGACUGACGCAGCAGAUAUGCCAGGCCUGUUGCGGCAGAUUGGGUGAUCUACAGUGCGGCUCACUAGAUUGUCCGGUGCUCUAUGUGCUGGAAGUGAAACGUCGCGAGCUGCAGCAAAUGCCAUUUAUACGUAAACAGCUGGAGGAGCGUUUUAAUUAGCUUAUAUGAACUGUGUAAAUAUGUAUGUAUAUAUUUUGUUGAAGUUUUUGUUGCUAAGAAUAUUAUUAUAUUUAUACAUAAGCAUGCAUGAAAAUAAAUUAUUUAAAAAGAAUUUUAAUAUAAAUCGUUCUUCAAUGAGCAUAAUGGCCAUUUACUUCGCUUUCAAAUUCUAACGGCCCAAAAAUUCCAGUUCCUCCGCUGGUUCGCUCGAUUCGAACGAAAUUUCGACUAAAGUACCAGGCGAACAGAAGUUGCAGCAAGGCAGCAAACAAUUGAAUACAAAUUUCAUUGCGUACUUACGGAGCAGCCAUUAACAGCUGUUAAGCCGUUGCUAAGCCAAGCUGCUGUUACUGCAAAGCAGCUGCUGCUAAGUAACAGACUGGCUGAUGUUAAAGGGCAGCGUGAAUAAAGUCAUGUCUUAGGCGCAAAUGAGCUUCGAUAUUAAUGAAAUAUACUAUCCGAAAAUUUUAAAAUGUUUAUAAAAAAGUGUAAGCAUUACGUCCCCAAUAAGAUUUACAUACACCCAAGAUUUAUAUUGUUGUUGUAUAUUUAACUUGUGGCUGUUUAAAAAAGUUAAAAACUACUCGUACAUUUAGUAUCGGCAGCCAGUAUAUAGUAUAUGUAAAUAGCUUAUACACUAUGAAUGCAAGUGUGUGUGUGUGUGUAUGUAUUGCAUAUAUGCAUUGUUAACUAUUGAUAUUGUUUUGUUGCCAUUUGUAAUUUGCAUUUGUUAUAACUAAU